CCGGGGCGCGGCGUGAGGGGGGUCCCGGGGGGGAUCCCGGGGAUCCUGGGCCGCGUUCCCUUUGGAAUCCCGGCGCCUCCUCGGCCUGUUUGCCUUUAUUUCUCGUCUUUUUGGUUAAUUGCCUUUUUUUGUAGGGGUGGAUAGGCGGACAGAAAGCGGGCAAGGAGAGAAGCAGAAAAUAGCAGCCCUCAGAUCCCGCAGGCCUGAGGGGCGAAAGCGGUGUGGGUUUUUCCCAAAGCAACCUCGGAAAUGCUCCCCCGCCAAAGCGAAGUUGGCGGGAUACGGAAAUUCCAUCAGCAUCCGCUGCUCUCGCGGCAUUCCAUCGGUCGAGGGGCGGUGGGAGCCGCUCCCUGGAUAGAGCCCUCCUUGUUCGCCCCCCUCUGUGCAGCGCCCUGGCCGGCAGCUCUCUUCUGACGGCCUGAAAAGCCUCGGGGAUCGCUUUUCAGGAGAGAUCCCUGCGGACCGUCCCUUUGAAACGAAUGAAGCAGCCCCGUUGUCCUGCCCUGUUAUCUAAAAACACGGCCAUGGGUAUCGUUUCUGUGAGACAAUGGAGGGCUUGGGUGUAGCUGGGAGUUUGGGCUGUUUUCCCGUGCUUUUGAGGCCAGUGGAAAGUUUCCACCGUGCCGAAAGCUGUGGUCGUACAUCCCUCUUCAGUCCUGCCCGUGGAUUUGGGAUUGCUUCUUCCCGUCGCCAGGGUUAAUCUGGAUGCGUCGCUGCCACUGGCAACCUGACCUCUGAAUUUUUUUGGGCUUGUUGGAAAAUGAGAGCCCGAGGCUCAGCAUCGUCCUGUGGAAGUAGCUCUGUCCUGAUGGCCGUGGAUGUGGGAAAAUCACCUUCUGAAGAGUCAUUGAGCAGGAAGGCCGAGGGCGAUGGGACGUGGGAGAGCACUGACAUGGAGACGGACUUCCUGGAGCUGUCAGGGAGCCUGCACCGGCUUUUAGGGACAGAGGAAGCCAAGCCCAGCCUGCAAGGGACAGAGAGUGUAGCAGUGAGCAGACACAGUCACAUGGCCACUGGUGUUAACCAGGGAGGCUCAAGCUGCCACACGGAAGUGUCUUCAGCAUCUGCACCCAGAUUUCCCAGAGCAAGAGCAGGGAAAGGGGUGUUAGUGGAUAGAGCUGCUGAUGGUGGCCCUGUGUCUUGUCGAGUUGGCCACUGGAUCCUCUCUUCAGAAGAACAGCAGGUGAAGGCACUGGGCUGUUGGGACCCAGUGUCCAGCCCUCCCAGCCAGCGCAGCUCUGCCGGGGAGAACAUCCUUGCUGACAGCCGCCUCGAUGCCCAUGUUGGCUGUCGGAGGCAGAGUCUGGGAGCUCAAUCCCCGUGUCCUUCCACUCCAGAGCUCCUGAGACCCCCAACCCCGCCCAGCCCCGAGAGCGCCCUGCGGAGCCGCUCUGUGCUGAGCCUCUCCGCUCUGUCUUCAGAAGGAAACGGCCCCUCCGAGGAGCCGUCCGGAAGCUUGCCUGCCAGCACGGAUGUCCCUUCUCCUGCGGCCACCACGGCUGCCCAGGACCUGCGCUGCCGAGCGGGAGCGGAAGGCAGCGCCCUGCAGAGGCGGGAACCCCCGGGCCCUCUGCUCGAUUACCGCAGCACCGUCAGGCGCGUCCGGGAGAUCUCCUCCUACCAAGCCGAUUACUGGGCCUGUGCCAUUCCGGAUUCGCUGCCUCCAUCUCCGGACCGCAGCUCACCCCACUGGAACCCCAACAAAGAGUACGAGGACUUGCUGGACUAUGCUUACCCGCUGAAGCCGAGGUACAGGCUGGGAAGGAUGCCAGAGCCUUUCCUCUAUGAUUCAGGAAUAGGUCUGGACAGCUUUUCUGCUUCUCCUGAGGGCAUGUCCAGGUCCACCAGCAUCUAUGGCCGAGCUGGGCAGGCUCAGGGAAGUAGAGAAAAUGGACUUUGGGAGUUUGUGGCCUCUGCAGAAAGAUUCUCCACCCCAAAGCCUGGAAAAAGAGGCUGCUCAGGAGUUGGCUCUUACUAUGAGUCUUUGCCUAUUGCCAAAGCAUCAUUUACAAGGUGUGCUUCCUCUCAUCCUUCCAGAGGUUUUGCUAAGGAUGUAAGGGUGGAAUCAUCUGGGCCAAGCUCACCUGGACGCCCUGCUGCUGAUGGGAGAAGCUGGGAUAACAGAGGAAGCCCCUGCCCAAACUACACAGGGCAGGUGAAAAGCACCAGUAGGUUUUUACCCACCACAGGAGUGCUCCCCCUGAGGAAGGAGUGGGAGGGUGACGAAGAAUUUCUUUCCCUGCCUCCAAGACUGCAGGAGCUGGAAAGGUUGGCUCAGUUUUUGUCCAAUCUUUCCAUAACUAUAAGGUUGCCCGGGCAUGAUCACCAUAGCCUUCCAUAUCACAGCGCCAGCAAGCAGCCCCUUUCAUCCAGGAUGGCUUAUUUUGGAGAAGUGAGAGGCAGGGAUGACAGAGGGAAUAUUGAGGAUUGUGCUGGACUGUGGCAACACCGCAGCUCCCGAAAGCCCAGCAGAGAAAACACGGAAUUGUACAGCUGGAUCCAUAGGGAUCCUCCCCAGGGGCUUCAUCUACCACCUGGUCUCAGGGACACAUUGGAUGGGAUGUGCCUAAAUGAACCACGGGUCAAGGGGCAUCCAAAGAAGAGCCAGCAGAGCGAGUCCCUUAUCCAGUGUGUUAAGAUGUUUUGCUGCCAGCUGGAAGAGCUGAUACGUUGGCUGUACACUGUAGUGGAUGUCACCAGCAGCUGGGUGCCACCCUCGCCGGAUGCUGAGAGCGUGUCGACAUCGCUGCACCGUUACCUGGAGUUCAGGAAGGAUGUGGCCGACCACCGGAGCUUGACUGAGAGCGUGUUGCAGAGGGGGGAAGCUCUCCUGGACUGCAUGGCAUCAAAUUCACCAGCUCUGAAAGACACGCUGUGUCUGAUUGCCAAGCAGUCGGAAGAGCUCGAAAGCCACGCAGAGCAGCUGUACAAGUCCAUCCUGGCUGCUGUGGGCCCUGUGCGGGGCGAGGACGCGGGACAGGACAAGGGGGGUGCAGCACACGGCUGCUCCCUUGGUGCUGCCUCUGUCAGACCUAGACUGCAUUAGCCCAUCAGGAGACUGAGAAGAAUCACAGCAAGCACCAAACCAUCUCCAUCACCUCUCCAGAGAUGCCAAAAUCUGUGUCCAGUUGCCCACAGGGCUGAUUUCAGUGUGGGUUUGUGCCAUGGCUUGAGAAAGGUUCCCUGUACAGCAGGUGUGCUGGGAUGUCCAGAGUUGUGUAAGGAAUGUACAGCUGGCCUUUUCUCGUUUGUUUUUUUAACGCAGCUUCCCUUUUUUUAUUGAAGUGAGCUGUUCUGUAUUAGCAAAAUGUCAGGAAGAGAGGUUUUUAAUUCAGCAAUCCAUAGUGUGCCGUGAGCUUGCUGAGUAAAGCCGUGUGAUUUUAAUAGCCCUGUUCUCAUGGUUUGUUUAUGCUCGUCAAAAAUAGGUGUGAGAAGCCAAGAAAUAGCAAUUCCUUCUGGUUCUUGGGAGCAAACUGAAGGCCUGUUUAUAAUUACCACUCCCUGCUGAAGCAGAGCCUAUUUAACUUCAAAUUUUGUUAUUCAUAAACACAAAAAAACCUAAUACUGAAUCCAAAUAAAAUAAUAAACAAGCAAGUUCAGGCAGGGACGAGCCAGGUUGUAUAACCUGCCGCUACCUGCUGCUGGCAGGAGCUGUGUUAGUACUGUGCUGGUUUCCUGGGGUGAAGAGUUGUACCUUCCCCCUUCCAGCUACUGCAGUUAAAUCACUGCUCAGAACAUUCAUCAAGGGUUUCCAAAUCCUUUCUCCAACAGAAAAAGGGCAGCUCUGAAGCAGUGUAAGGUAAGUGGCCAAAAAAAGUUACAGAAUGUUGGUACUUGGCUUUAAUUAACCUUUAACCUGAAUGGUGAUCAUGGUGUUCUUGUGCAGAAUACAUCGUUUCCUUCCAUUCCUGCGAACAGAACACAAAGACGUUUCUGUUCUGCACAAGUACAAGGUGAAAGCAAAGUUAAACUGAAGCAGUUACAGCAAGUAAUUCAUUGGGGUUUGUGGGGGAGGGGGUUUGAUAUUCUCCCAUCUUCUACAUCCUCGGCUUGAAGGGCAAAUUUUUGGUGCUUUGUGUCACAACAACUCAAUAUUUCAGCUCACAGGCAAGAAACAAGAGUGCAUCUUCCCAGGAGUUUUAGGCCUGCUCUACCCUUGUCACACAGCUCAGCCUGACAACCCCAGGCUUCAGCAUGGAACAGCACCAGCCCAGUGACCCAUCUGUGACUGAGGGGGAAACAAAGAACCACCAAAGACCUGGUGUAGCCCAACUGGUUUUGCAAUGCUUUUAUUACUGUAUAUAUUAACAUUGGUUUGGAUAGUAUGUAGCAGGCAUCUUGACAGUGAAGUUCAUUUGUGCACUCUCUGCAGGGAAAAUGUUUUACCCUCAAUACACCUCCUUCUGCUUCAGUUCCUGAUCUCAGCAGCACUGACUGCUCUCCUGCUCCUGAGGAGCAGCAGAUCACAUUUAUAAUGAAUUAUACCAACAAGCACAUCUCUACUAGAAAGCACAUCACUUUAUUGUGAAGGUCUCAAGUGGAAGAGUUCAACUUAACCAUGACAAUACUUUAUGUAUUACAAUUGCCUGUUGAUUUAUGCAACUAUGUUGAAGAAAGCUGUUAGCCAAAGUCACCCCCCCCCAAAAAAAAAUCAGAGGAUAUUUGCACCAGUUUUAGUUUAUACCUCACAACAUAUCUAGGCUAUAUUUUUACUUUACUAGCACAGGGUGUAUUUACUACUAGGGGAAUGUUACAUGGUCUUUCAAACAUGAGACUAUUUACAGAAUAGGCUGAACAUUUGAGUUUAGAUAAAGCUGAACAAUUUUACAUGUAUAGGAAGUGUUAUAGGCUAGCUUUCCUGUGGCUUUUAGCUAGACAUCAGGCACUAAUGAUUUGAUUAGCUCUGUACAAAGAAUCACACACCAUCCAAAACCUCUUGGCUGCUGGUUAGUUCCAAAUUGUUUGAGAAAGCGCCUACUUUGAGCAACAGUUUGGUGGGGGCCUUGCUAUCCCCAUGUCACCCUCCUGGUGCCUUGCUGCAGAAGGGAAUAGAAGCUAAGCUGCUGCACUAAGUCAGAAGAUACUGAUUAAAAGAGGAUGGAGUUAACAGUAUAUAGAAAAAACAUAAUAUACUGGUUGAAAGUUAUACCUCCUCAAGGUUUCACUGAAAUCGUUCAUGUUAGGGAAAUACCGUUCUCUCCCCUGCUAUGCAAAGCUGACAGGAAUUCCCUACGUAGAGUCCUUGAGAAAUAAAUUAAGUUCCAAGACUAAGUUAGGGAACUGUUGUACAUUCAGAGUGCAUUAUGCCUCAUGAACCUUGGCUGGGUGUUUCUGGUACAGCACUCAUGCCUUAAGCACCAUUACAGCUCAGGCUUUGGGGCCACAGUCAGUGGGCAAGUUGCAGGGAAGGUCUGAAAGCCAUGGCUGCACACACAGAUAUGUCGUUUUGUGCACAAUGCAAGCCUGAUUUCCCCCUUAGCCAUACAAAUUAAGACAAUAUUUAUCACCAUACAGUUUGAUAUUACUUCCAAUAAGUACAAUAUUUAUUAAACAUUUCUUCAGUUUUGUUACAUAUUGUGCAACAAAUUACAAUAUUCUGCAGCCACAAAUUAUAUGCAGAGUAUGAAGAAACUAUUAAUCAGAUAGUGUGAUCUCUCCAUUUAUAAUUCUACAAGAAGGAACUAGCAAAUCAGAUCUUACAUAUAUCUUACUAAAUUUUAUGCAUGGAAAGUGACAGACACUGUUGUGCUGUUUGAUACAAAAUGGCUAAACUUCAUCUUCAGAAGACUAAACCUGACAUCUAAA